CUGCCUCUGCCUGCUUCCCGGAAGGCAGCCUUAGGUGGAGCAGAGGAGCGCCGAGUCAUCGCUGUGACGCUUCCUCCCCCGCCAGGCGGAGCGGCGCCCGGUCAUUGCUCGAUGGCUUUGCCGCCUCCAGACCCACAGUUCGUUCUCAGAGGUACUGGUGCUGCAGUCCAUGCGCUGCAUUUUUCCUGUGGUGGCCAAGAGCCUGACAUCCCCGUUCUUUUCUCUGGGUCGGAGAAUGGGUAUGUCCACGUCUGGAACCUGAAAACACACAGAGUGGACACAGUGCUGGAUGGCCACGGAAAGAAAUCCAUCUGCUGUGUGGAGACCAUGGGCGGUAAAACCAGGCUCCUCAGUCAGGGCCGCGACCAGAGGAUCUGCUUGUGGGAUUUGGCAGAGGGACGGACUUCAGUGACGGACUGUGUCUUCACGGAGAAUGUGGGAUUCUGCAGGUGCUCUCUGCUGGAGGUGGCAGCAGGACGCUGGCUAAUGGCCAUGGCAGCCAAAGCCCUGGAGGAGGUUCAGGUUUUGGAGCUGCCAUCCAAGACGUCAGUCUGUACCUUGAAGCCAGCGGUGGGUGCCAAGCUGGGCAUGCCCAUGUGUCUGAAGUUAUGGCAGCUCAGCUGUGGUUCACAACCUCUGCUUCUGGCUGGCUAUGAAGAUGGAUCAGUGGUCCUUUGGAAUUUGUCAACAGGAAAAGCGUUGAGCCAACUCGCUUGCCACCAGGAGCCAGUGAUGAGUCUUGACUUUGACUCGGAGAAGGCCAAGGGGAUCUCGGGCUCAUCUGAAAAGGUGCUUAGCAUCUGGAGCCUCAAUGAGCAACAGAACCUCCAGGUUUACAAAACACACCACCUUGUCAACGCCGGCAUAUCUGAUAUCGCCAUCCGUCCGGACAAGAAGAUUUUAGCAACAGGAGGGUGGGAUCAUCGCAUCAGGAUCUUCGGCUGGAAAAAGCUGAAGCCCUUAGCAGUGCUGGACUACCACGCAGCAACUGUCCAUUGUGUGGCCUUCUCAGAUCACAGAAGCCCCAGGGAGGGGCUGCUGGCAGCUGGCUCAAAAGAUCACCGCAUCAGUAUCUGGUCAAUAUAUACUGAGACAUGACAUGUUCUGCACAGUCGUGGACUAGGAAAACAGGAUGGGUGAAGCAAGCCUUUACACUGCAGGGCAAACCUGGAUGUAGGGAAGUAGCAGAACGUAUUUCCAGGCUGAAGUGAGAGGCCGAGGUCAAUUUUUAUGCUGCUUGUAAAAGCUGCAAGUUUUGUUUUCCAGCGAGGGAAGUGGAUUUUUAAAAUUCGUAAAGAGCAGAGCAAGGCCACUCACUGAUGAAGACACAGCGCAAGUGACUUUGAGUUCUGCUACAGGUUUCGCAACAGCUUUUCUUUGGCAGGUUGCUUAAAUAACCCGUGCCAAUAGCUUCUUCUGUGAGAAAGGACUGGAAUCCCUCCGACUGCACUGGGGGCAGAAUACGUCUGUAAGUCAUUUAUGUAUCCACAAAGCUGAAUCAGUGUAAAAUAUCACUCGCUCGAAAAUUUAUACCCAGUAAACACCUCCAGUGGUU